GCUGCGUUGCCAGGCGAAGUGGGCGUGGCUGGUUCUGCGCUUGCUGCCUUGAGACGAGGAAAGAUGGCGGAGGAGGAGAAGCUCCCCGCGGGCUGGGAGAAGCGCAUGAGCCGCAGCUCCGGGCGUGUUUAUUAUUUCAACCACAUCACGAAUGCCAGCCAAUGGGAGCGCCCCACCGGCAAUAGCAAGAAUGGUCAAGGAGAGCCAACAAAAGUGCGAUGCUCGCACCUCUUGGUGAAACACAAUCAGUCUAGGCGACCCUCGUCAUGGAGGGAGGAUAAAAUCACGCGAAGCAAGGAGGAGGCCCUGGAGCUAAUUAAUGGCUACAUCCAGAAGAUUAAAUCUGGGGAGGAAGAUUUUGAAUCCUUAGCAUCACAGUUCAGUGACUGCAGCUCAGCCAAGGCAGGAGGAGACCUGGGUACUUUUGGAAGAGGUCAAAUGCAGAAGCCUUUUGAAGAUGCUUCCUUUGCGCUGAGGACUGGUGAGAUGAGCGGGCCAGUAUUCACAGAUUCAGGGAUCCAUAUAAUUCUGCGUACAGAAUGAAAGUGUUUUGGCACCACGCGCUUGGAAAAGAAAGGGUGGUGGGAAAAAAGGAACAAGAGAACCUUUAUUCCAACCCUUGGUACGCUCUCUAUCCCAGAACAAACUUCAUAUCUAGCUUUUUAUUUUUGAUUAUAUAUAUAAACAAUAAGUGAGUGCAUAUGUACACACAUAUACAUGCACACACAUAUGUAUCCCUGUUUCAUAUUUCAAUACCUUAUUUGACAUGUUGAAAAAAUGUUUUCCCCCACCCAUAUUGAUGCAUGUUAGCUGGGGCAGAAAACAGUUGAAACAAAGAGAUAGUAGCAUCUUUCCUAGACACACUGACAAUGUUUUUAACCAAAAUAAAUAAAUAAAUCCCUAGCUGCUUGAAUUUAAUAUUGACGAUUUCUUCCAUUCAGGAGACAUGUCUGUGCUUACAGGGUCAUGCUUCAAUGCUUUCCCUUCAUAUCCAACUUAUAAUAGAGUUAUUUAUUAUAGGGCUGCACUGGUGGUGGCAGAAUUUAGCUCUCAGUGUAUAAAUAGAAUAAAAAUCUCCUCUGCCAGGAUCUGUCCUGGUUUAAGUUCACAAGUAAAAACACCCCAUUCCCUAUCUCACCCACAAUUCAGUGGCUUUCAGUUUUUAACAUGGCCAAUCAUUGAUAAAUUGUUUUUGGAUGCAAAACUAGAACCCUUCUGUAGCCUCACUUUAGUAGAUUUAGGAGUACAGAUCCCUCAUUUACAAUAACAUGCAAAUGCCACUGGCACCCACUUCAUUGAGGGUUGAGUUUCAGUAGUUGCAAAGGGACUUGGAGGUGAUAUUGUCUGGGUAGGAAUUUUCUGUGGUCACUUGAGGCAUACACCAGACUCUGCAGUCAGAAGUCUGAGUAUAAAGUUGCCAUAUGCUGAUUUCCAGGAUGUGUUCACACUGAAUUAAACCUUGCUGAUGCCUUUUUAGGGCAGGCAGAUACUUCUCUUUUACAUUCUCCUAAUGCAGCCCCUUCCCACAUUUAUAUAGCCCUCUAAAAUUACAUUAAGAUAUAUUACAUGUUAAUCAUUCUUGUGUGUUGUUCUUGAUGCUGAAAUACCAUCCCAAGGGAAAACCAUUUAAAUGUUGGCUUCCAAGUUUUUUGGUUUGUGUUUUGUUUUAUUUUUUGUUUUCUAUUGCUUUGUUCAAAAGCUGGUCAUGAUCCAUUUGUGGUUUAAGAUAACACUGUAAAGUCACUCUUUCAGUUUUUCUGCAUUGUUUUUUCUCCAGUAAAAUCAAUAAGAUUCCCACCAAGUUCCUUGCUUUUGAUCUGAUGCAAAUGAGCUUUGUGUAUAUAUAUAUGUACAGAGAGUGUUCCAGUUCUCUUAUGUGAGAAAAUAAAAAUAAAUUCCCUGCCAACUACCA